CUUUAAUAUGAUAAUAUUAUAUACAAUGAAAUAACUGUAACUCAAUAUAGCUUACAAUCGAUAACAUUGAGACGAGUCUUCAGUUUUUGACUCAACUGGGAGUCGAUAUCGAGGGAAUCAAUGCAAACGAUAUAUUUGAAGGAAAUCUCAAAUCAAUAUUAAGUCUAUUCUUCAAUCUGUCGCGAUAUAAGCAAGCGAUUAAACAACAACUAAUAUCUGUGCAAAGCCAGCACCAGCACCAACACCAUGAGACCCAGAUGCAACACAUCCAACAUCACCAACAACUAGUAUCUCAACAAAACGGCAAUCUUGUGUCACCAAUAACUCCAUCUGCAGCCAUGCUCUCCAAGCUUCCAUUUGGCAAUCAUUGCAAUAACAAAACCAAUCCUAAGAACUCCUGUUCUUCGAUACCGAUCGGUCCGAAGAAGACGUCUUCUGGCGGAGGAAAUAUAUGUUCGUUAGUCAGCCCUUCCGUAGCUAAAUGUGCCUCAACUCCAACUCAGGGUUCGCCAGCCUCUGUCAAAACACAACCAUCACAUACACAGUCAACAGAUAUAAGCCCUCAAUCGACUAACCAAACACCGGCCCCAACGCCAACAAAAGCUAUUCGAGCGCCCCGUCCAUCGUCCACAUCGUCUAUACCACAGAUAUCGGGUCCGAGUGUUAGUACAAAGACAAGUGUGAUAUUGAGAAACAAGAAUAAUGUUAGUAAUCAACAAACAAUUGUUGAUAAGAUUAAACAAUAUAACAAAAGUGGACAACAAAUAGCAAACAGCGAACAAAACAGCUCUCAAACGGUUGUGAACAACAAAUGCGAGCCAAUAGUCCCUAAGAGGACCAGCAGUUCUUCUGGAUUUAGUUCUGCCAAAAGUGACUCGAGUGCCAGUCUUUGCGGUUUAGAAACCAGUGUUUCAACAGUUGCCACCAUAAAGACUAAGCCAUCCGUCACACCGAGUGGUGGACCCAAAACUCGAGCCAACAAUUAUAGCCAAAACACUUAUCUCGCAUUGAAUGCCAGCCCUAAUGCCAGCCCUAAUACUAACUCUAAUAUAAGUUAUAAUUUAAGUAAUAAUCAUAUUCUGAAGAAAAGCGAAGAAAUUCUCAAUACAAAUGAUAAUAAGACUAAUGUAUGCAAUAGUAAUAGAAAUCCAAGCAAUUCGUCGGCAAAGUACGGCUCAAUACCAGUGAAACGCAUUCAACCGCCAAGAAGUAGACCGAUGUCUACCAUCAUAGACAACACAGCGCUUCCACUGGCAAUGACUUCGAACUCAGAGUCCACUUCCAACACAUCGCUCACAGCUAUCGCCAAACAAACCGCUGCUGUGAAGGCAACGUAUAAAGAGUUGCCGCCGAACGACACCAUCGGUCGGGUGACCACUGGGCGUAAGUUUGAGGGCCAGUCACCAGUAGCCGAACAGACUUCUUACUGCAAUAGCAAUAUUAAAAUGAAAUCUUCUGAGAAGUUUUCCCAACAACCAAUAGGAUGUCCCAAACCUGAGCCCAGUAUUGCAAUGGUGUCACCCAUUAUGGCCAGAGAACAGAAUAAAAGUGUUGUUAAGAAUGAUACCUUUGAAGACGAGAAACGAUCAAAAACCCAGAGAAAGCAGAUGCAGAUCGAGUCAAAAGUGUCACAUAUUAAGAGAGAUGGUGUCAAACAAAGUGAUAAUAAACAGACAAACAGUGAGGAGAAACGGUGUGACCAACAGAAAGAGUCACCACAACAGCAACAGGAGAACGGAUUGCAAGACUCGAACUCGUCUUCACACGAAGAAGAGUCGGCCGGUAAUAGCGAUGUGGAGUCAGCUCUGGUCAACAUAAAGCCGAUGCCACUACUGGCCAGGACUUUACAGUUUGCGUAUUUGAAAAGCAGUGCCAAUAGUAAUCACUCUCCAAACGGAUCCGUUUACUCCAAAUUUCCAAACAAUUACUCGGCCAUAGAAAAUGGAUAUCAGAGUGAUUGCACACAAUUGGACUGUCAGUCUCGUAACUCUCGUCCCAAUACAUACAAGAACUGUCAUUCGACUACCAGUGCAAGUAAUCGAUAUCUUAACCAAUCUGAUGUCUGUCCGCCUCAACUCAAUACACAAGGAUCAUCUCAUAGGCAAUACAGCGACACCGACAGUGCCGCCAAUGCCAAUGCCAUACGAGCGGCCAAUUUAUUUGAUUUAAUGCACUCGAAGCACAGCACUAGUAAUAACACAUACUUUCCGUCCCAUCCAUCGUUUUGUUUGGAUGACAGCAGUUCAUUGAGCUCUGACGCGGGUAUGAUAAGCGGCACAGAAGUCAGUGGCACCACUACCUCGUCCAUGAGCUCGUCUACCGGAGCCGACCCUAUGGGUCAAUAUAUGGCUAAAUCCAGUGCCAAGUCUAAGGGCGCUGUCAAAAGCAAGUCCUGUAAGAAAACGGAUUCCUCGAUGCAAACCGAGUCUAUGUCUACAUUGAGUUCUACUGGUGUUUGGAAGCGAUAUCUUCACGAACACCAUCUCAUGAUGAGAGCCAACAGCACAGUCGCCCCGAAGUCCAGUCGUAACCUGUCCAUCAACACAGAGGAGGGCACCAAAAGUCUUGAUCGACUCGAGACAAGACUUAAUAAUUUGUCAAAUAAUAAGAAAUUAAUUAAUAAUUCAAAAUCAAUCGAAAGACACGACAGCUUUGAUUCAAUGAAACACGGAAUGAAUAAAAACAAUUUCAAACAUGAUUUAAACCUCAUGUCAAAUAAGAGACCUCUAAGUAGUCCGAGUUCUCAACGAACUGCUGUCACCACAACUCCCGGACUUCUUCUGAAGCAAUAUAUGGUUCAACGGUCGAUACAUAAGUCCAAAAGCAAUGGUUCGCCGCAAACCGAUUCCACUCAAUCUGACACUGAAUUCGUUCAACAAAAGCAACAAAACAAUUAUCAGUAUUUCAUGUCAAACCACAAAUACCCAUACAUGACAUCACCGGCCAGACAACGAGAUAUCAGUUCACGGCUGUCUUCUUACGCAGAUAUUGGUGGAUAUGGUAGCGGAAUGGAGGGACAGUUCGAUGGGGGUCAGAGUGCGGUGAGUCCAUGGCUUCAACGCCACGCAUUGGCUUUUCAGAGGAAUGCGAUGACAGAAGCAGAAAGUCUGGAGUCACUCAAUGGUCCGCUUUCUCUUGACUCCAAUUAUAUGAUGCCUCGACAGCACUCAACCCCUCCCCCACCCAACUCACCAAACCCUCGGCUCCGGGAAACUGCAUCCUCUUCGCCGGCAUUCAGUUCCUCUCAAAACCGAUCCAAAGAUCAUUUAAUAAGAAACGGAUCGAUUAGACUAAACAAAUGCUCGGAACCGACAUCUCAACCGACAUCACCGACACGUUUUGCAAAUCAUGUCUACAGUUCUCCGAAUCAUGACUCGAGUCUUAUGACAAACUGUGGUCAGCGGUCUCUCACAAGCAAUGGUGCGAUCAAUCAAUACAAUCAUAAUUUCAAAGAAGAAGACCUCAUUCACGGCUCAUCCCUUUCACUCGUCUCCACGUCUUCUAUGUUUUCGGCGAUGAAGGCGAAGAAGAAAUCAAAAACGGCUAAAAUAUUGAAUAACUCGAGCUCUGGAUGGCUCCGGAGUUCGUUCUCUAAAGCAUUCAAAAAGAAUAAAUCGUUUGUAAAACGAGACGCUCUUUCAGACGCCGAAGUGAUGGGCAACGGGUCGGGCACUGAAGGGGAUUCCAGUUCUGUUCCCAACUCUCCCCCCAUGUCUUCACGUCCCUUCCAUUCAGACCUCAAUUCUAAUACUAAUGAUCUCAACGAAUCAGAUGAAGUUCAGGUCUUGAAGAGACAGCUCAGAGAGAAAGAUAUGAUUUUAACAGAUCUUCGACUCGAAUCACUCACUUCUGCCCUUCAAUUGGAGAAUCUCAAGGAAACGGUUAACCAAUUGAGGGCUGAAAUAUUGACUCUUCAACAACAAAAAUCUUUACCAUUAAACCACAAUUCAAUGCAAAAUCAAGUUCAUCCAAAUUAAACAGCAAUUUAAUGUAAAGGUUUUGCAACUAUUAAUGAAGUUCUUUAGCAUUUAAUGAUCAAGUUAAACCAAAAG